AUGGCGCGAGAUUGUUUUCAAAGAAAUCCUCGUGAGAAUCUAAAGAUACGCCUUAUUGCAAAAAGGAAUCAAGAUGGUAGGACAUAUAACUUGCCAACUGCUUCUGAAGUUGCUGCUUUAAUAGUUAGAGAUAUUGACACUUUGUUUGAACCUAGAGAUAUUAUUGUGAAGAGUAAACAAGGUUAUCUCGAGCGUAUUAGUGAACUACAUCCUUCUUAUUUAGCUCUUCAAUAUCCCCUACUUUUUGUGUACGGUGAUGAUGGUUAUAGAAUUGAUAUCCUUCAUCGUGAUGUUUCUACUUCAACCACCAGUGAUGUUUCUACUUCAACCACCAUUGUAUAUACGGUGGAGUUUCAAAAGCGCGGCUUACCUCAUGCUAAUUUGUGCUUAUUUAUGCAUGCCGACCACAAACUUCCAACCGUUGAUUAUAUCGAUCCAUUCAUUUCUGCCGAAAUACCUGACAAAGACAAAGAACCAGAGUUAUAUUUUCUUUGGUUUCUUUGUAAUAAAAAAUACCCAGCCACACGUCAACUUACUUACGUCGAAUUCCCAACACAAUUUGUCUGGAAGAGCAACAAACGUAAGUGGAAACCAAGGAAAAGAGGGUUUUCAAUUGGCAGAAUUCAUUCGGUUUCUCCUUCAGUCGGUGAAGCUUAUUAUUUGAGGAUUUUGUUGAACAAGGUGAAAGGUCCAAGAAAUUUUGAGGAUAUUAGAACCGUAAAUGAUGUUGAGUAUCCUACUUUUGGAGAUGCAUGUUAUGCAUAUGGCCUUUUGGAUGAUGACAAUGAAUAUAUUGAAGCAAUUUUAGAAGCAAGUUUCACCGGAUCGGGUUAUUAUUUAAGAAGUUUGUUUUGUACAAUGUUAAUGUCCGAGAGUAUGUCUAGACCUGAAUUUGUGUGGGAAAAAACUUUCACUUACUUGUCAGAUGACAUUCUCUACAAGCAACGUCGUAUUUUAAAACAUCCAGGUUUAGUACUUAACGAAGAUCAAAUUAAGAACCUAACAUUGUUUGAGAUCCAAAAUUUUUUACUUCGAAAUAAUUUGACUCUUAAAAGGUAUUCCAGUAUGCCUUUUCCUAAUCAUGAUUGUAUAUCUUCCGCAAACAAUCUUUUACUUAGUGAAGAGUUGGCUUACGACAAGGAGAUAUUAGCUGAAGAGUUUCGUAACCUUUUCUCUUCAUUAACUCAUGAACAACGGACUUUAUGUACAUCUAUAAGAUCUGAAGGGAAAAUUGUUUUAAGUGUGGCUUCCAGUGGAAUUGCAUCUCUUUUGCUAUCAGGAGGGAGGACUGCUCACUCCCGGUUCCACAUUCCUAUCAAUUUAGAUGAGGAUUCUUUUUGCUUCAUUAAGCCAGGCAGCGAUCUUGCACGUUUAUUACAAGAAACAUCACUUAUUAUUUGGGACGAAGCACCAAUGGUACAUAAACAUGGAUUUGAAGCUUUGGACAGAUCGUUAAAAGACCUUUUUAGAUCUGUAUCUGGAGCAUCAUCAGAAUUACCAUUUGGUGGGAAAGUUAUAGUUUUUGGAGGAGACUUCCGACAAAUACUACCUGUGGUGCCAGGAGGAAGCAGACAACAAAUUAAAACUACCAUUUUUGCAAACUGGCUUUUGGAUAUAGGGGAAGGUAAUGUUGGUGGUAUGAAUGACGGCGAUGCAAAUUUACAAAUACCCGAAGAUCUUCUCAUCAAACAUUCGUCAGAUCCCAUUUCUGAGUUAAUCGAGUUUGUAUAUCCUUCUCUUAUAUAUCAUUUCAAUGAACAAAAUUACUUCCAUCAAAGAGCAAUUCUUGCUCCAACAAAUGAUGUGGUUCAAGAAAUUUACGACCGGUUGUUGUCAGUUUUUCCGGGAGUUGAGAAGGAAUAUCUAAGUUCAGAUAGUAUAUGUCCAACAGAAAUGGUUAAUGAGAAUUUAGAUGAUAGAUUAUGCUCCCUGGAUAUUCUUAAUGGAAUUAAAGCUUCUGGUUUGCCCAAUCAUAGGUUAGUGUUGAAGGUAGGUGUUCCGGUCAUGCUGCUUAGAAAUAUUGAUCAAAAAAGUGGUUUGUGUAACGGAACACGAUUAAAGGUGGUCUCUUUGUGUAAGCGUGUUAUACAGGUAGAGAUUAUCUCCGGAAGUCACAUUGGAGAUCGUCAUUACAUUCCUAGAAUUACGCUGAUACCUACAGACAAAAAACUUCACAUUAAGUUACAAAGAAGACAAUUUCCACUCGCCGUAUCUUUUGCAAUGACCAUAAACAAAAGUCAAGGACAAUCACUCUCUAGAGUUGGUUUGUUUUUGAAAAACCCAGUUUUUACACAUGGUCAAUUGUAUGUUGCAUUAUCAAGAGUUACCCGACGAGAUGGCCUCAAAAUUGUUAUUCUAGAUAGUGAUGGAAAUCUUUCAGAUACUACCUCAAAUGUGGUAUACAAAGAAGUUUUUAGAAAUUUGUAA